CGGGUUAGUGCUGUAAACGUCAUGCUCCUAAUCCAGAGCGGAAACUCCUCCCGUAACCCAACUCCGGCAACGGAACGAAAGAAAAGGGAAUACUGAGGAAUCAGGAAACACAGGGAAACAAUGCAAUAAACGACUCAAGAAAGUAACAUAAGAAAUGAAGACUUGAACUCAGCCUCCUAGUGAGUGAGCGAUUGCCCGUGUUUCUGGUGAGAUGGGGUUUGGUCAGGACUUGAGAAACUCCCACGAGGGCUUAAUCAAACUUCAGGACUGGGAGCUGCGGCUACUAGACACAGUAAAGCGCUUCAUGACACUUCGUGUUAAGAGUGACAAGGAGUAUGCAUCACUUCUCCUCAACAUUACGCAGCAGGUUGACAAACAAGACAACUCCUCGCAGAUUCACUACAUCAGCACUGUUUCCAAGUCAUGGGCUCAGAUGGUACAGCAAACAGAACAGCUUAGUAAGAUCAUGAAGUCUCAUGCUGAAGAGCUCAAUUCAGGCCCAUUGCACCGCCUCACCAUGAUGAUCAAAGACAAGCAGCAGGUGAAGAAAAGCUACCAAAGUAUACACCAGCAGAUUGAAUUUGAGCUGAACAAGGUUACAAAAACUGACAUAGAAAAGCUGAAAGGUACAUACAGACAAUUAACUAAAGAUGCUCAUAGUGCCAGAGAGAAAUAUAAGGAAGCAAUUACAAAAGGUAAGGAACCAGAGAAGGCCCGUGAGCGCUAUGACAAAGCCACCAUGAAACUACACAAUCUUCACAACCAGUAUGUGCUGGCAGUGCGUAGUGCACAGCUGCACCACGAGCACUAUCAUGAAAAUACACUUCCUGUGCUGCUCGAUUCUCUACAAAAAAUGCAAGAAGAGAUGGUUGGCGCCUUAAAGGGGAUAUUCGAGGAGUACAGUGAAAUCACUAGUCUCUUAACAGAUGAAAUAGUGAAGGUCCACAAAGAAAUACACACUUCUAUUGAUCAAAUCGAUCCUGCAUCUGAGUAUGACAGCUUUAUUGAUGUGUACAGGUCACCAGAAUGCAAAGAACCUAAUGUAGAAUUUGAUGUGUCACUAUUAGAGGAAACAGAAAAUCUUCAAGCCAAUGAGAUUCUAUGGAAUAAUUUGACAGCGGACAGUUUACAAGCCAUGCUAAAAUCUACAACAGAUGAGCUUGUCCUGACCCAAAAAAGUCUACAUAGUAAAGAGGACCUUAUGGCAGACUUGCAGAGCAAAAUUGAAGAGUAUGCUAAAAGUUGUGAGAAGAAGUCUGAUAAGGUGCUGUUGCUGAGUCAGAAGCAGUCUCUAGAGGAACUAAAACAGAUGGUGCAACUUCUGCGCUGCUCAGAAGCCAAACUGAGCUCCCAAAAAGAGAUGCUGGAGCAUAAGAUGCAGGAGAAUGAAGGCCAGGAACCACCAUCUGUCAUUAAUUAUGAAGAGGAUGCACAUUCUGUCAAUUCAAUGGACAAAAGUAAAGACAAAAUAUCAAAGUUUGACACCCUCCGCCACUCUAUUGCUGGCAUCAUCCGUUCACCAAAGUCUGUGCUGGGCUCAUCCUCAUACAUUGAUGUGAUCCCCAUCAGUGAAAAGCCUUUAGGGGAACAGGAGUGGUAUCAUGGGGCAAUUCCCCGCACAGAGGCCCAAGAGCUGCUUAAGCAGCAGGGAGACUUUCUGGUUCGUGAGAGCCAUGGCAAGCCUGGCGAGUAUGUACUCUCUGUCUUCUCAGAUGCCCAGCGUAGACACUUCAUCAUUCAGUUUGCAGACAAUCAGUAUCGAUUUGAAGGCACUGGAUUUCCCACUAUUCCUCAGCUGAUUGAGCACCAUUACUCUACAAAACAAGUCAUUACUAAAAAGUCUGGAGUCAUGCUUUUGAAUCCUGUCCUAAAGGACAAAAAAUGGAUUCUUAAUCAUGAGGAUGUCAUUCUAGGAGAACUUCUAGGAAAGGGCAAUUUUGGUGAGGUGUUCAAAGGAAUGUUAAGGGAUAAGAAACCUGUGGCUGUGAAGACUUGUAAGGAAGAUCUCCCACAGGACCUCAAAAUUAAAUUUCUUUCAGAGGCGAGGAUUCUUAAGCAGUAUGAUCAUCCCAACAUUGUGAAGCUAAUAGGAGUCUGUACUCAAAGACAGCCCAUUUAUAUAGUGAUGGAGCUUGUGCCAGGAGGUGACUUUUUGUCCUUCUUGAGAAAGAAGAAGGAAGACCUCAAGACAAAGCAGCUACUAAAGUUUGCUCUAGAUGCAGCUGCUGGAAUGGCCUACCUAGAGCUUAAAAACUGUAUCCACAGGGAUCUAGCGGCCCGGAACUGUCUGGUGGGGGAGAACAACUUGUUGAAAAUUAGCGAUUUUGGCAUGUCACGUCAAGAAGAUGAUGGGAUUUAUUCAUCUUCUGGCCUCAAGCAAAUUCCUAUCAAGUGGACCGCACCGGAAGCACUUAAUUAUGGGAGAUACAGCUCAGAGAGUGAUGUGUGGAGCUAUGGGAUUCUGUUGUGGGAGACCUUUAGCCUGGGAGUAUGUCCUUAUCCAGGCAUGACCAACCAGCAAGCACGUGAACAGGUUGAAAAAGGUUACAGAAUGUUGUGUCCACAGAAGUGCCCAGAUGAGGUCUACAAAAUCAUGCAGAGGUGCUGGGAUUACAAACCUGAAAAUCGUCCCAAGUUUGCUGAAAUUCUUAGGGAACUGUCUUCAGUCAGGAAGAAAUAGCUUCAAAUUAAAUCCUGGCUAACAUAUAUUUUUUUCCUCAUUUACAAAUAGGAAUACCCAAAUAUUUCUCCCUCAAGUCCAUUGCUACAUAAGAUAAUAUUUUGCACAUUUCUUGUCACAUGACUGAAUGAAUUGCUGAUGUAGCAAUUUUUGAGCCAGUACCAAGGAACCUAGGUAUUGGCUUUUCAUGUUAAAAUGUCAGUAUUUUUACCACAUACUAUAUAUUUCCAUAACUGCAGUUAGAUAUAGCAAUAUUAGAAUUUUUAUGUCCAAGUUGCACUCCACACAUGUUGCAUAGCCAUGACACCAGAGAGAAAACAAAUUGCUUUGUUAUUUGACUGAUUUCUUUUUUGCCACACCCUCACCUGUUUAAGUUUUUUUUUUUUUCACUCAAAGCCACUUUAAAUUAAAAAAACAACAACAUAAAAUUAGGUUUAUGUAGUAUUACUUGAUCAGGACAAGACUUAAAAAAAAUUACUUGUGUAAUACACUGCUGAGUGUAAUUUAUGGAAUAUGUUAAGAGCAAAAUGUUCAAACUAAACCACCUGACCUUUAUUUAAAUAAGCACACAAACAAGUGUAAUUAUUUUAGAACAAUGCAUUUUGAAAGAUGUACUUGGAAAGUACUAUACAUUUAGCUGCAGUGUAAUUACAUUUUCCACUAUGCAUUGGGAAAAACUGAAAUACCCAUGGCAGUUUGUCAAUUCUCUCUCCUGUGCUUUCCUCUCUACUGCUUGGUUAAAUGGUGCCUUACAAAUGAUUUUUUCCUGAAUUCCUGAGUAAUAAAUGAAAUUAUUACUUUUAUAUGGUGUACUCUGACCACGUUUGUUUUGUAUUUUGUAAAUACUGUUGUAGAUUCUAUAAUGUAAUAAUUUUGAAGGUGUUUUUUGUGCAAAUGACAAAUAAAUUUAAAGUGUCUUGCUUUUUCAUAUAAUAAAA